AUGGGCGUGGGGGACUACCUUUCCAUCGACAGCGACACGCUGCAUAGCGAUCACAGGAGCUCCCAGCUGUUCACGACCAUGGCUUCGAGCUUCGAGCUCCUGACCGCCCUUCGGAAGCUCAGCCCCAUCAGCCCAGACGCAGCCCUCCUCCCUGGCGACCUGGAGCUGGUCGUCAACCAGGUGGACAGGCGGCCGAUAGCUUCCAUUGGAUGGAAUGCCACUGGCUCCCUUCUGCACAGCCACGAUUGCGCGUGGCUCUACCUCGGCCAGGGCCGGAAGGACUGGCUCUUGCUCCCUCCCAGCUUCGACUGGAAGCCGCUCAUGGAGGCGGACCCGUGCAGCCUUGUCCGCGGCGCCUGGGACGGCUCGAGCAGCCAUGCGCGCAUCCCUGGGGCAGUGGUGUGCCAGCAAGAGGCUGGGGACGUGGUGCUCGUGCCCAACGGCUGGUCGCACGCCACGUGCAACGAGGCCUCCGGCCUGACCGUCGGCUGGGGCGCCCAGGGUGAUGUCAGCAGCUGGCGGCCAAUCCAUCGCGCCGCGCGGGACGGCCGCGAGGAGUCCGCCAGCGCGGGCCCAGGCAAGGACAGAACUGACGUGGAGCCACUGCUGCUCGCAGCCGAGCACGGGCACGUGCCGUUCCUGAAAGCUCUCCUGGCGGCGCGCCGCGCUGCAGACCCUCCGAUCAAGGACACGCGGGCCACGGCGGCCAAGGCGCUGGUGGCGGCGGCCACCAACGGGCACCCGGGCGCCGUGGGCCACCUGCUGGGGGCCUUCCGGGGCAUCGCGCUGGGGCCCUGCGGCGCGCCGGACACCCCGCUGCACGAGGCGGCCCGCCGAGGCCACGCAGAGGUGUGCCGCACCAUCCUCGAGUGGGCCGCGCCAAGCGGCUCCGGCGGCGCGGCUGUCGAGCGAGCGGGCUUCACCUGCGUCGGGAGGAGGCAGGUGCAGCGGGCGCCCGCCCCCGCCGUGCACGCCGUGAACCCCCAGGGUGCCACCGCGCUGCACCACGCGGCGCGGUGCGGGCACGCGGAGGUGGUGGGGCUUCUCCUCGAGGCGCGGGCCAGCGCACUCGGGGACAACGCCUUCGGCGCGACGCCGCUGCACCAGGCGGCGAUCCACGGCCCGGCCGCGGUCGUCGCGCGGCUGCUGGCCGCCGCGGGGCCGCAGGAGGUGGCCGCCGCGGACAGGAACGGCAGGUCUCCUCUGCACCAGGCCGCCCUCUACGGCCACGGCGGGGUUGUGGAGGCGCUGCUGCGGGAGCCCCGCCUGCGGGCGGCGGCCGAGCUCGGGGACAAGCAGGGCCUGCGGCCAGCGGAGAUCGCCGCCGGCAAAGGGCACGCCGCGGCCGUGUCCGCGCUGGCCUCCGCCGGGACCUCCCUGGGCGACGCCCUGCACUGGGCGGCGUACCACGGGCACGGGGAGGCGGCUGGCCGGCUGCUGGACCUCGCAGAGGCCAACCAGUCGCUCGAGGGCGCGCUGCUGAGGCUGAACCGGCAGGCUGGCGCCACGCCGCUGCACCUCGCGGCGGCCGCCGGGCACGUGGCGGUGGCUCGGCUGCUGCUGGGGCACGCCCGCCGCGGGUGGGCUGGUGGAGGGGGCGUCGACGCCGUGCUGGGCGCCAGGGACGCGCGCGGCCUGUCGCCAGAAGAGGUGGCGCGGGCGCAGGGCUGGGCGGAGCUGUCGCGGGCCCUGCAGCCGGGAGACGCGGCGGCCGAGGGGGGCGAGGUCGCCUGCGAGGGCUGGCGCAGCGAGGCACGCAGGCCCGAGAAGCCCCCCGCGGGCACGUAA